AUGCAAGCCGAAAGUGAUCCCAUUUUGGGUCAACGAAUGUUUUUGCCUCUGGCAGAGAAGAUGCUUUCUCGUGAUGCAGACGAAUGUAAGAUGGAGACUCAUAUUGAAUUGCAGUUGCUGAUCGAACUUCUUGAGCGCUUAAACAAGCCAUCGCGCGCUUUAGACCUAUUAAACAAUGCGGACCUUCUGAGUCGAUUAGACAAGUUGGAUUAUCAGGUGGACUAUACCUUGGACCGUAUGCGCCUAGCCGCUUCCUUGAAUGACUGGGAUCAAGUGCUUGAGCUGUCAUUGACGAGACUCAAAGAGCAUCCUAAUGAGUGGAAUUGUUGGCAUUACCUUAUCGAUACAGCCGUAAAAAAUGGUCAAUGGGAACUAUGUGAACCACGGGUGACACAGCUUAUCAAGCUAAUUUCAACAGAAGUCGAAAACCAUCCAUCCGUUCGUGGACCUCAGUUGGCUGGUCUGGAUUUGUUGACCAACGCUUUGCGACGCGGUUGGGAUAAAUAUCCACAAACAGACACAGUUAAUCUUCUGGAGACAUAUGUGAACAAUUUUUCGGCGAAACCAAUCUGCGCACUGGAUCUGGCCUAUCUUAUUCCUGUUCUACUUCCGAAGGAACAGAUACGAAAACAGAUACCCGGAGAUGCCAAGCAGAUUUAUCGACGUUUAUGCGCUUACCAAAUCGCUCGAGCGAACCAUCAUUCAAUCCCAAUGCAACAGUUCCUGAAUUCCUAUUUCACCCACGUUCCCGAACGUUUAACACCGUCAACUGUGAACGCCACGAGCACCGACGUGCCAGAUCGCACUAGUUCCCUAGAUCUUUGUCCGGCUGAUGGAUUCCUUCUGUUGGCCACGUCCAGUCUUAUGGAUUUUCCCAACCCAAUGACACAUAUUUCCUGUACUGUGCGCAAUUUUGCCCAGGCAUUACUCACUGCUCACUGGAUCGAUCAACUAGGAUUAGCGCAUGCUCCAUCAAAUCAUCACUUCCGUUUGCGGCUGUGCUCCUUGUUCUCCUUGCAUGGACUCGCUUGUCCUGAAUUGUCGCUUCCACAGGCGGAAAGAAUGGAACUGAAGCAGUUAUUGUUCGUUUCACUUGGGCACAUGAUUAUCUCUCCCGGUCCAAUUUUGACUCUAUGGGCCAGUCCACCAUCAGCUGGUUCACAACACGGAGAUAAUGUCAAUUCAUUACUCGCGUUCUUUCAGCGUCUGCACGUCCUCUCGGAAACCUGUGUGUCCGAAGCGGAAGAUUGUCUAGUCACCGCUUAUCGUCGCCGUGUGUACACCAAAAUAUGCGAGUUUACCAAGUUUGCUUUCACCCUGAAGCAUGCGGACGUGUUUCUUCUAUCGAGGAUGGAACUCGUAUACUGGCAAGUCGUGGUGGUCCCGGACGACUUCGAUAUUCUGCUUGAAAGCCUCGGUGAUGCUGAUAAAGAACUGGAAGUUGUUUCUACCCGGAUAGAGAAAUCGGCCGAUUGUCGCGACUUUUCCGUAUUGCAAAAUUUCGAUCCACCGCGAGAGAAUCUGUUAACCAAGGAGGAUUCGUUUUCACACACGGUCGCUUGGAUUCGCCUUCGGAUGUUGUCGGUGCGUGCCAUCUGUCAAUGCACACAGCUCCUGAUGAGUACGGUGAAGUUGAGUGAGGGACUGCUUACCAAUACGGAGCAACAAGCAUCUGCGAAGCCGGAAUCGGAUACAAAGGCGUUGGAAGCGCUACAACAGCUUGAAAAUGACAAAAACAUGUUAACGAACCUUGUGCAUCAGACGGAUGGUACCUCUUUGAUCGGUGUGAAAGACGUGCAUGAUCUGCUUUCAAAACUUGCUUUGCCGUCUACACACCUGCUUACUGCACCGGUUCAACUCCCCGAAAUCCAACCAACAUCGCUCUAUUUACAUGGACCUUACAGAACAGUUUUGGAGUCCGGUGUUCGACUCUUAGUUGGCAUUCAUCGUUUGUUGGUUGACGGAAACGAGUCCUUCACGGAAGCUGAACAAACUGCCGCAUUGCAAGUCCUCGCAAGCCCUUUCCGCACCAUUCCACAACUGUUGCAAGGCGAUGGUUCAUCAGAUUGGGCCGCACUUCCUCGACCCAAACCAGACGCAAGCACCUAUUUGAAUGCAUCUCCCGAAGCCCAUAGUCCAGCCAGUAUGCUACUCCUUUUGGGCAUGCUGUACGAAACAUUCUCUUUGGUUUGCAUGUUUGUGUCCAUGGCGCGCAGUAUUCUUCGGCCAAGAAGCCAUCAUUUACAGCAAGCAAGUAAACGCCAUCGGCGGAAGGCAGCAAAAACACGUAAAGCGAAGGGACCCAACGACGUAAAUGAGGAGGAGAACGAGACCACACACAUAAUGGAGACUGUUGCUUUCAAACGUCUUGAUGAAAUCGGUUCCAGUCUCCUCUCUGUCAUAGAUAGUCUGUCCAAGAGUGCAUCGAAUCUCUUGGAGGUUGUGGACGCAUGGCUUCUUUGGUCACGUAACCACGCUGCACAAGAGCUGUUAGCGGCUUCCGCUUCCCUUUGCUCAGAAUUAUUCCCGGAAGAGUUAAUUACCCAGUAUCCUGUAAUAAAGCCAAGUCAGGUGACUCCGCUAAUGACCCAAAUAGUGACAAACUAUGAGGAGAGCUUUGCCCGAGUCGCUUCCGGUUUGCGUAAAAAAUCUGCCAAUCUGAGUCGCAUUUCAACUGAACUGCAAGUGUACGAUUGUAGUGAAAAACUGGCCUCUUGCCGCCUCAAUGAAUAG